UAUGAAUAGUAUUAUACUAUCUAUGAGCUGUAUUGGAUUGGUCGCAUAAAGGAUUAAUGUGGACAGUUAGGAAAAGACGAUAGUGCCAGUAUCGGUAAUGAAGUAUUGGCAUUAGUAGAGUAUGUAAGUCUGUAUGACAGAAUGUUGGCAGUUUGGUGAAAAAAUGGUUUGUAAGCUACCAGGAGUAGAUUGCUCAAAUUGGACAGUAAAAUAAUUUCAUUGUAACAGAAAAAGUGCACAAAUGCCCUUACUUUCUAACAUGUUCCAAUAUGACUGAACAUAAUGGGAUUUGAAGUAAACCGAUUUCAAGGUGAAGUCGAUGAAGAAUUAGUGUGUCCUAUUUGCUCAGGAGUGCUAGAAGACCCACUUCAGGCUCCUGUCUGUGAACAUGCCUUCUGCCGAGGCUGCAUCCAGGAAUGGAUAUCUCGACAACCAACAUGUCCUGUCGACCGGCAAGCUAUCACUUCUGCACAGUUAAGACCUGUACCUCGGAUAUUAAGGAACUUAUUGUCGAGACUCUGCAUUACGUGUGACAAUGCCAGCUAUGGGUGUAAAUCAGUUAUGAAGCUGGACACUCUCCCUUCUCAUCUAGAAGAAUGUGAACAUAAUCCUAAGCGACCAGUACCGUGUGAACAAGGAUGUGGUCUGAUUAUUCCAAAAGAUGAACUCAAGGACCACAACUGUGUCAGAGAACUUCGUGCCCUCAUCCACACCCAGCAACAAAAAAUGGCUGACUUCCAACAAGAGAUGGCAGAACAGCGCUUCCAAAUCAGUGAACAAAAAAGGGAACUGCAACUUCUGAAGGACUUUAUGCGAGCCAUGCGUAUAUCAAAUCCAGCCAUGCGAGCUAUUGCUGAUCAGAUGGAACGUGAUGAAGUAUUACGAUGGUCAAAUUCAUUGACAAGGGCACGUGUUACAAGAUGGGGAGGAAUGAUUUCAACCCCUGACGAUGUGCUUCAGGCAAUGAUCAAGCGUACCUUAUCUGAAUCUGGUUGCCCACCACAUAUUGUGGAUGAUCUAAUGGAGUAUGCUCAUGAACGUCGCUGGCCACCAGGUCUUUGUUCGCUGGAGACACGGCAGAAUAAUAGGCGGCAGUAUGAGAAUUACGUGUGUAAACGAGUUCCUGGUAAACAAGCAGUUGUGGUACUUCACUGUGACAACAGCCACAUGAGCGAUGACAUGAUGGUAGAGCCAGGACUCGUCAUGAUCUUUGCACAUGGAUCAAACUUCAGUCGAGCAGUUGUGGAAGAUAUUGUGGACUGAGCAGUGUUCAGCGUUGAGAUCCAGCCAUCAGCUGUACAAAGCACUGUCCAUUACUAUUACUGUAAUAAAAACGCACAUUCAUAUCUCUGAGUUGAUGUAAAAUGAAUGGAUUUUUCUUUGUUUUUUAUUAUUUUUUGAUGGAUGUAUCCGGAUCACUGGUCUAGUUCUUCCUAUGUGCUGUUUUAAACAAAUAAAAUAAAUAUGUUAUUUCUAAGGGAAAAGUAUUUCUGAACCAGUAUAUUUUCAUAAAGUUGGCUGUUCUUUGACAAGCCGAGUAUGCAGUCGACUUUUCAAAGAAUUUCCUGCGCCGUAGACCGAGUGUGUGAGUGAGUGUAUUUUCAUAUUGAGAAGCUUCCUUCAGAUGAGUACAAAGAUAUGAGAUUGUACUUUUAAGUGCUAUACAUCACCACUGGUAAUAAUGAAGAUAUAUGUGAACACUUCAUUUCAUAUAUUGACAUUCAAAAUACGUCAUGCCAAUUUUUUAAAAUGAUGAACUGUUAUGUUAAAAUAAGUUGUCAGCCAAGCAUUCUGCCUUCAAGUUUUGGACUGUUCCUGGCAACACUUUUAAAAGAGACUAAGUCUUUGACCAGACAAGUUGAUUUUUGCAUCUUAAUUUGCCUUCUGAUGGAGCACUUUCAAUAUUGAAAUUUUUGGCCUAAAAAGUAAAUACAAUAACCAUCAUGCUUGUCUUGAUUUAGCCCCAUGUGACUUUUUCAUGUUCCCAAAAUUAAAAAUCAGUUUGUGUUUCCAUUUAGUAUCACUUAAAAGGCAUUCAGAGUGAUUUGACAGAACUUGAAUUUCAGAAAAUUACUUCCAUCAGUGUUUCCAGGCAUGUCAGAAAAGUUGAAUGUCGUAAGGUAACCUCAUUACAGGCUAGUUGCAUGUAUAUGUAUGUAAGGAAAUUAAAUUGUGACCAAACAGGAGAACUUCAGGAGGUAUAUGACCCAUAUUUGAGUGCCCUGAUACAUGUAUAUCGUUUUACACAAGCUGUAGAAUUAUAGUGUAUUGGGUUUCCAUUGUCAUCAAAACAUACAAGUCAUUUGUGAGAAUAUAGUAGGCCAUGAUUGUGUACAAUCUGUGUGUAAGAUUAGUGAUAGUCAUGGAAUGCCAGUUAGUUCGAAGAUGCCCGCCUAGACCAGGUCGGUGAUACCGUGUGCAUCAAUUCUCAAAUCUGUAAGUAACAAUCUGAGCAAAAUGAAUAUUUGAUGUGUAGUUAUUAGGGCGACAGUGUAUGCAAUUAUAAUUGGUUGAAUUCACAUGUCCACGAAGUUUAUGAAACAUUCAUUUAUGCUUCCUACUGAUUCCAAAGGUGUUCAGUAAAAUACGAACGAGUGUGGCGAGUGAAUGUAGCGACAUUAAUAACCUCUGUUGUACUAAUAAAUAAAUAUAAAUACUGCGUGUGACUCAGACUUAGUAGGUAAUUUCGUCUUUAAUCUUCAGUUUGUAGAACGUCGCCCUAGGUAGGUAAGUUUAACCUGUACAUUAACACUAUCAAGAACGUCUUCGCUUACAUGGUGGACAUUAACAUUUCUUUUACGUAAAAUUUCCAUAUAAUAUGUGGUGUGUAGAAUAUAUUAUAGACACAUUAGCCAGACGUUCUUCAAAUAAAAAUAGUAAUUGUAAGUUCAGAAAUAGCACCUGAGUUACUGCUUAAAUAAGCUUACGUAUGACUUAGAACGUCAUGUAUUGUAACAAAACCCUAAAUGUAUACACACUUGUAUAAAUCAUUUUAAUCAUUA